ACCUAAUGCUAAUAUUCACUCAAAAUUCCAUCAUUUUCCCAUAUGAAACCAAGUUAGCCAUAAAAACCCAUCUUUAAAGUCUUUUCAGUCUCAUCUACAACAAAAUCCAACAUUAUGACCACUCCCUCUUUCCAUGAUUUGAAGAAGCAAGCUUCUUUCUUUUUCAAAGAGAAAAUCAAGACUGCCAGAUUAGCCCUCACAGAUGUCACCUCUGCUGAAUUAUUGACUGAAGAAGCCAUCAAUGGAAACCCUGAUGCAAAAACUUUGAGUUCAAUUUCAAGGGCAGCUUUUGAGGUUGAUGACUAUUGGAGAAUUGUAGCAAUUCUUCAUAAAAGAUUGCUGAAAUUUGAAAAGAAGAAUUGGAGGUUUUCAUACAACUCUCUCAUCAUUCUUGAACAUCUAUUGACUCAUGGACCAGAGAGUGUAGCAGAGGAGUUUCAAAGUGACAAAGAUGUUGUUACCCAAAUGGGUAACUUCCAAUAUGUUGAUGAAAAGGGGUUCAAUUGGGGCAUUUCAGUUAGAAAGAGAUCAGAAAGGAUAUUGAACUUGCUUGACAAAAGGUCUCUUCUCAAAAAUGAAAGGGACAAGGCAAGAAAGUUGACAAGAGAGAUUCUUGGAUUUGGAAGCUUCUCCUUGAGAUCAAAGUCUCAAGGAAUUCUUGAACAUUCUUCUUCACCCAUUGCAAGAUAUGGAAAGUGCAAUUCCAACUUCAACAGUCUUGACAAUCUUGACCAAGAACAUCAGGUUUUGUCUGAUCAAAAUGCAGCAAAUCCACAGAGGAACCAAGAUGCUUCUGUAGUAGAUAGCCAGAAGAUCGAAAUGCUCGAAACUCGAGAAAACGUCGAAGAAAAUUUGGUUCGAAACAAGGAAGAGUUGCAUAGAUGGGAUGAUGGUAUGGACAAGGUGAACCUACUUUUAAGUUGUAAGAGGGAGGAGCUCAAGAAUGAAAUUUCAGCUGAUGAUAAUCAUCCUUUCAUCGACGAUGAACCCGAAACGAAUAUCUCAUUGCUUUCGACAUAGGGAGAGAAAAAUUGAUUUGUUUUGAGUUCCAUUUAUGAAUUCAAUGUCAUAUAUUUAUAUGUACUGACCAGAGAUUAACAUUAAAAAUGAACAUGCUGCCAAUGAAAGGAAAGGUUGGCCUUUGUCUGCCUUUCAGAGUUGAAAGCUAAAA